UAGCUAACUACGUAAUGUACAAAACUCGGCUGCAUCGUCUCGGGUUCGCGUGAUUUCUUUUUAUCCCCAGAUUUUGAAGUCGUUAGCGCAAUACUUACUCAGAUAGUAAGCUUACCAUCGAAACAUAAAAAUACAUACAAUUCAGUCUUAUAUUGAAACAUUUCUAUUUAAUAUAAACACUGUAGACCAACACGAAACCUCCGUGGAGACGCAGCUGACUUGCCUACAUGUUUGAUAUUUGAAAACCCAUAAUAAGCAUAAGAUACCAAGAUGGCGCAUUGGUUCCACAGGAAUCCUCUGAAGGCCACUGUUCCACUUAAUUUUGAUCUUGGGCGUCAGGCUUCGACUUCGUCUGCAAGGAAACUUUGUAGUGACAUCCGUGUGGCAAGAGCGCAACUUCUAGAUCUUCUCCGAGAUCCAAGUCACGAUGUGGUUGUUGUGAAGAAAGCUACUGAGAAAUAUAUAAGCUAUCUUGAAGGUUUCAUAACAGCAGUAGAAGAUUCAAAGACAUCUCCUGAACAGCCCCAGCAACAGAUGGGAGAAGAUGUUGGUAAAAUGACUCUGCAAGAUACUGACCAUGCUGAAGCAGGCAGAAGCAGUGGCGAAAGCAAGCUUCGUAAUGCUGUUAAGAUCACAUGGACAAAUUCCCUUGGAGGAAAGAACAUAUAUCAGUAUGACUUCAUCUUUGAGAAGAUAAAUAUGCUUUUCAACAUUGCUCUGUGGUUGACUAAGCAUGCAGCCAAGCUUGCAAGUAGUAGUGUGGAAAUCUCAGAAGAUGAGGCCAAAGAAGUCCAUAGAAGUUUGCGUGAAGCAGCUGGCAUAUUCAAGCACAUACAGGAUAACAUAUUGCACAAGUUGUAUGAAACACCUGGGGAUGGUUGCGACCUGGAUCAAAGAAUUCUGUCUGCGUAUGAGAUACAGUGUAAAGCUGAAGCACAGGAAGUGACUCUUGCAAGAGCUAUUGAACUGAAGCACACCCCAAGCCUUGUUGCAGCUCUAGCCAUUGAGACAAGUAAAUUGUUUGCAUCGGCUGAUGACGCACUCAAGUCUCUGGAUGAAAAGUUAGUCAUGAAAUGGAGGAAAUACUUCCAAUUCAAAAGUGUCUUCUACGAGUCAUAUGCACACUGCUACAAUGGCAAUACAUUACUUGCCAAAGACAAAGGAGGACAGGCUGUCAGAUCACUGAAGGAGGGAAUGGCGUUGUUUCACAAGGCAGAGGAUUUGGCCAAAGAAUACGCAAAAACAAAAGGUCCUGGCGUAGUGGCUAAACCACAGCAGCAUCCUUUCUUCUUACGUUUGGGGCCCAUCGUUCAUCGAAUUCUAGAGAAGACAGAGAGAGAAAAUGGAAUGAUAUAUCACGAGAAGGUGCCAGAAGAAGUUCCUGAAAUAGAAUCAAAAAUGAAGUUUGGGUUAGCCAAUCCCGUGGAGUAUGAAGUUCCUUCAAAAAAUCCUGAGUGGACUGCUGCAGUCUAUAAAGGCUUUGUUGUUUCUUCAACAGAUAAGAAAGUAGAUGAUAAAGAUGAUACCGUGAAGCCUGUUAAAGAAGUUCCUGUGGAACAGACCGACAAGCAUCCUGGAAACACCACAGGAUGUACAGUCUCAUAAGUGUAUUGGAAAAUUUAUUUUUUUCUACAACAGAAAUGUCUAAAACAUCUCUUGCAGUAAAAUAAAGGUUGGAUGAUGGUGCCAACGUAACACUGGAUUUAUUUAACACCAAUGUGUUUGAAUAUUCUAGUUAUAACCUGUGCUAUUCAAGAUUGGUAUCAUUCUAACUUGAAGUGGAUAAUUGUAUUUUAUCUUCAGGCAGACUUGAAUUCUCCAUUCUGAUUGGUCGAUCCAUAGCAACAAACAGUAUGAUAUUUAACUGUAUUGCAUGGUUCAUAUCAAACAUUGUGUAAUGGGCUGUUCUAACUCAACGGAUUGUGCUAUUUUUACACUAAUAGCAAACGCACAUCUGCAUGACUGUAAAAUCAAAAGUGGUGUGUUUGCCUGUGCCGAUCGUCGCAUGCUGAUCGUCACGUGUUUAAAGACACAUACUAUUCUAACAAUUUCUGUUCUUAGUGUAAGCUUAUUGUUAUUGAAAUGAGUUAAAACACAAGUAAUAUCCAUGUUCCCUAGAUAAAAUUGCAGAAUAGUGGUACAUCAGUGUUAAUGUUUUUGCUGUGCACCGUAUAUCUUUUGUCUCCUUUUUUGGAUUUAAAGCACGCAUAGGCCUCUUUAAUUUCUUUGCUCAGUGUCAAGUUUGCUUGAAGAUAAAUUUGUUAUGCUUGCACUCGUGGAACACGGAAUAAUGUAGUGCGUCUGUGUCCUGUAUGCCACAAGGCCAGAGGCUGAGUGGUAUACAGGACACAGACGCACUAUAUUAUUUCAUGUUCCACUCAAGCUCGUGUGAUAACUAAUAGUGUCACACAAUUAGGAGUCUGGCAAAAACCUUUGUUACCUUUUUAGUCAUUGAAUAUGUGUAUUUUGUGUGUCAAAAAAGUUCAAUAUAUCAAGUGUAUAUAAACUAAAAAAUUUGUAAAGGCAUCAAGGGCAUACUCUUUUAAAAAGGUUAUGGGAUCCAAGGAUUUGCAACUUUUAUUCCAUUUACACCAAAAUACAUGGGACUUUGUGAUUGCGAACAAAUUUUCAGGAGACCCAUCAUACAGUCUGUUCCCAAGUUGGAAGGAGGCAAGAUGUGAAUGCAAGCCAGUAUCAAGUGAUGCACUGUGAUCACAUGUGUAUUCACUCUAACAGUAUCGUGUUGUUAUCUGUUGCAUAGUUUUUGAGGGUGUAUGGGGGGGGGUGCCAUUGCCUCCCCUCAAAGGAACCCACCUGAAAAUUUGUUUGAAAAAUGAUGACAGUUGUAUUUUUUGGUCUGUUUCGUUUCCCCUUCCUCAAAGAGUGUGUAAAAAGCUCCUGAAUGUAGCCUCACCCUUCAGAAAGGCUAAAAGAAAUUAGUGACAAAAAUUGUUAAACGUCGUUGGCCCCUCCACAAAUGUUUGCCCCCCCCACAGCAAAUUGGUACAGGAUCCUUCCUUGAAAACAUUUUGCACACUAGCUAUGGAUUUUGUGAUAAAGCAGGAAUGCAUUUAAAAGGACACAUAAACAAAGGAUGUUGCUGUGCAUCAGAGUUUAUUCUUUAAUUUCACAGCUGAAAAGAGCAGCUAUCAAGCAAGCACAUUCCCAAAAUAGAUUUAAAAUAUGUAAAACAUGUUGUACCCAAGCUCUUGAGCUAGCAUGAAUGCUGUACACAAAUUUAAUUGGAGUAUAGUUUUAGGGGUACAGUAUGUCCUCAUAGGCAGGGCCAUCUGAAUCUGAAAAUUUACUGACUCUUUUCAUAUAGCUGAGGAGUUUCAGAUAAACAAAUGCAGCAGCUAUUUAUAGCCAUACUUGCUUCAGUUAUAAGUUCAAAGACUUCUUUGGGCGUUUAGCCAUCUUCAAUGAAAAAGUCAGAUUUUAUGUCAGUUGUGUAAAAAUGUCAACUCUUAAAAUGUAAAAGCAGUGUUUUACAAUAAAGAAUGUUGUUUGUGGCUUGCAAUAUUCAAUGAAAAUGAAUAUAAAUUACGAUAUUUUCCAUAUAUGGCUAGACCUGUCAACAUAAUAAGAUGUGAUUUUAAAUCAAAGAAAUAUGACGUGUUACAGGGAGUCCACAUUGUUUAAGCAAUGCAGUUGCCAGCAUGCAACUUAUUGUCACAACAUGAGAGUGAAGUCAGUGCACUGUUUAAUUCCAGUAAAGCAAAAUGCAUGUAACCAGAAAAUGAAAAAUGGUGUCAAAGUGUACACCAUAAGGAAUAACGAACUAGUAUUUCGCAGGGAAAGAUUAAACCAUGUACAAUGAGUCAAGAGGUUCAUGUACCAACAAGAUGUGUUAUUCAUCAGAGCUUUAACUUAAGCAUUUUUAAGAUGGGGAAAACUGCAGUACAAAUGAAGCAGUAUGGACUAUGGUUUAUAGUACAAACAUUACCCUUUGCUAGGUUAUGUCAGAGGUACUGUAUACUUGUUGUAUUUGGAGAGCUUGAAGAGGAUACCUUGGUUGUGGAACCUUAAAGAGCACCUCUAAGGAAAACAUGUUUUCUCUGAAUUUAUUUGUUCCAAUAAAUAUGGAAACAUCCAAAUUGGACGUAGUGUCAUUUGUUUACAGAGCUCAACUAUGACAAGCUGAAAAGGUUUUUUUUCUGUUCAUGCUAAGCAAUGCAUGUAACCAUCGUUUGGCAAGCACAAGGGUUUAUCCACUACAGACACAGGGCAGGGGUUCCCCUCAUUUUCUCUGUUUUCUCCGAAUGACGCAAUCUACAUUCUGAAUUGGCAUCUUGGCAGAAGCAGAAAAAAUGCCCUUAUUAGCUUAUAGCUGAGCUCUGAAGACAAAAUGACACUGCAUUCGAUUUGGAUACUUCCUAAUUUAUUGGAACAGGUAAAAUCAGAGAAAACAUGUUUUCCUUUGAGGUGCUCUUAAAUAUUGUCAGUUGAAAGGGUUAAGUGUCAUCUUUGAUAACAUACAUGACAAAAUUUGCUGGUGUCUCUAAUUGUAUAGUGAAGUGUAUGUAAAGUGCACUGUUCACUCACAUGCAUAUCAUUUUUACGGGUAGCUGCAAUGCAUUUUUUUGUCUCUGCUGACUUCAGUGUCAGUUUUUGUUUUACUACUUUUAAAGGAUAUUUUUCUACCCAUUUGAAUUUAUGUUAAUCGAUAUUUCUACAUUCAUUAGCAAAUUACAUCAGUGACCUCACCCCGGGUAGGAACUUCAAGGUUGUAUUGGUUUGUGCACAAAAGAUGCUGUGCUGUUAACUGCGAAAGGAUGUCAAAUAUUUUCAUGCAUUGAAGAUGAGUAUGAAGUCAAGUAAACAAUAAAUUGCUGCUACACUAUAAAGCCGGUGAGAGAAUGGGACAUUCUGCCAUUUUUAGCUUUUGGUGUUCACGAUGGAAAAUUGGAUCUUAUUUACCAAUUUACGUGUUCACGCUUUUGUAUAUAUUUCAUUCUAUUAAAUAAAACACAUAGUCAGAAUCCAUGAA